AUGUCCUCGCCAAAGCCACUAGAGACCAUCAAGUCGAAGACCCUGCAGGAGUUUGAGAAGCUCGACUUCGCACGGAAGAACUACACGACUUGGGUCACGCACGCGCAGGACGCGUACCGCAUCGCCGGCGUACACAAUUACAUAUACAGCAAGAACAUCGUCUCGAAACCAAGCGACGCCGACCAGGCCGCAAUAUGGGAGGAGAACGAUGGCCUCGCUAGUGCCUACAUCCGCAUGCGUCUCGACGACAACGAACUUGCCGCACUCCGAGACAAUUCUUCCACGGUGAAGACUGCUAGCCAGAUCUGGACCUUCCUCGAGAACCGCCACCGCAAGAAGGCCGCCACCCAGACCGCGAUCCUCGAUGAACUCAUCCGUACACGCAUUUACCGCGACUCGACCAUGGUCAAGACGGCAAACCACAUCCGCUCGCUCUGCAACCAAAUCUUCGAAAUCGGUGUCCUUACAGCCGACAAGCUCGCGACCGCGAUCAUGAUGCACGCCAUGCAAGACGACCUCGGUGGCAUCCGCGAGUUCUUCGAGAACAGCGCGACACCUGCCUCGCCAAAGGAGAUCAUCGAACGCCUCGAGAGGGAGGGUGUACGUCUGAAGGAGGACCAGAAGAAGCGAGAGGCGGACGCGGGAGAGGCUGCACGCGAAGAAGCACAUGCGGCGCGCACCGCGGACACAAAGAAGGCGUCUGGACGCAGCCGCUGCGUGACAUGUAACGGCGCACAUCGCUCGGAAGACUGCUGGGGGCCUGGUGGCGCGAUGGAAGGUCGCCGCAAUGAGGUUCAGGCCGCUCGCGCGAAGCGCAGGCUGGAACGCAUGGGCGCUGCCGCUAACACGGCCGCUAGCGCUAGCGACCCAAAGCCUCCACAAGCUUCGACUUCAACUGCACCGAAGGGCAAGAUUGCCUUCCUUACCGAAUCCGGCCAGCGUAUCUACCUCACGGUCGCGGACGACACGCCCAUCCUCGCCACAGCUGUCACGUCACCAGACGAACUCAAUGCGCUAUGUGACCAAUACGGCGACUCCGGCAAUAUAUCAGACAGCUCGGAGCUCUCCAUGUCCGUCCUCGAAACCGAUGCAGUAGCCAGUGUCGACUGGCGCACCCAUUGCACCGCCGAUGUCGAUGUUGCUAAGCUCGACAUAUCUGCCACCGCCCAGCAAGGCUUUGCAGCCUUAUCGCUAUCCGAAUGUGAUGCCUACCACGCCGAUACAGGCGCAACCGUGCACGUAUCGCCCAUCCGCGAGGACUUUUACUCGCUACGCCCCAUCCCGCCGAAGACUGUACGUGGCGUGGGAGGGAGCACGAUUCAAGCCCUUGGCAUAGGCGAAGUCCGCAUACGCGUCGGGCGCGGAGCCCAUCUCAUCCUCAAGGAGACGCUCUACGUCCCGCAAGCCACCAUACGACUCAUGUCGGUUGGACGCAUGUGCGAUGACGGUCACGACGCGCACUUUACGAGCGACUCGUUCAACAUCCGCCAUAUUGCAUCCGGCGCAACUAUCGCCACAGGCACGCGCGUCAAUCGUCGGCUAUACACUCUCGCCGGUGCCAUAUCGUCCAGUGUCAAACACACCAACCGCCCGACCCACACUACCAACGAACCUGUUGCCGCCGCCGCCGUCAGUCUUGAGACCUGGCAUAAGCGCCUCGGACACAUCGGUAUCAGUGCUAUCAAGCGCAUGGCCGAUCGCAAUAUGGUCACAGGUACGCACUUCGGUGCCCAAGACGCGGGAGGGUGCGAGAGCGACGAGGCGGCUGGGUGUGGUGUAUGUGGACUUGACAGGGCCUGA